CUGGGGAGGAGAAAAGAGGAGCUGCAAGCCUGGGUUGGAAAAACAAAAGUCCUGCACCAAGAAGGAGGAGGAGGAACAACAACAGAGCAAUUGCUGGGCAGGGAAGCAAUUGAAGAAAGGGGGUUGUUUUUGCUUUGCCGGAGAGAAAGAGGAAAAAAGGGAGGAUCUGAAGCACACUUCCCAUUCAUCAAGCCUGAUUUAAUACACCAGUUUGACUCACAGUUCCUCUAGUCAGCUUAUCUGGAAGGAUUAUGGAGGAGGAUACAGUGCAGAACACCACAGGGUCUCCUGUUGUGACCAUCAAGCGGGAACGAGAAGAGGAGCCUCAAGCCCUGCAUCAGUGGGAGUCUAAGCCUCUGCAAGAGACCAGCACGGGGUUUCCAGUUGCCAAGCCUGAUCUGAUGUCCUGGCUUGAGAAAGACUCCUGGUUUCCUGAUAAGCUCAUCUUAGAGAAGAUGGAGGUGGCGCCACAGAACAACUCAGGUCCAAAGCCUGAACUUAUUUCUCAAAUACAGCAAGGGGAAGAACUGUGGGAGCCAGACCCUCAGGACUGGGAUGAAGCUGAAAUCUCUGAUGGCAGAUCAGGUGACUCAUCAGCAGGGAACCAGAAGCAAUCAGAUGGAUCUGUAGAGCACAAUGUUGUUGACCAGUUGGACAGCCAUCAGCAAACCCAAGCAGAAGAGGAAGAUUUUAUCAAAGAGAAACCCCACAGACCUGAGAGGUAUAUUGCCCAAAAAGUAGGUGUUCCAAGAAAGGUCCGCAAGGGAAAGAAACAUUAUGGAUGUGAAGUGUGUGGGAAGAGCUUUGCGUGCAAAUCCCACCUUGUGGAGCAUCGGAGAGUCCACACAGGAGAGAAACCCUAUAAAUGCCAGGAAUGUGGCAAGUCGUUUGCUCAGAAUUCACAUCUUGUGAUCCACCGGAGAGUCCACACAGGAGAGAAACCAUACAAAUGCCAGGAGUGUGGAAAAUGUUUUUCUUCCAGUUCAGUUCUCGUGAUCCACCAGAGAGUCCACACAGGAGAGAAACCAUAUAAAUGUCAGGAAUGUGGGAAGUGCUUCGCUUCCAGUUCAGUUCUUGUGAUCCACCAGGCUGUCCACACGGGAGAAAAACCCUACAAAUGUCAAGACUGUGGGAAAUGUUUUGCCCAUAGGUUCGUACUCAUGAGGCACGAGAGGCUCCAUACUGGGCAGAAGCCAUACAAAUGCCAAUGCUGUGGGAAAUGUUUUGCUUCAAAUUCACAUCUUGUGGAGCAUCAGAGAGUCCACACAGGAGAAAAACCGUACAAAUGCCAGGAUUGUGGAAAGUCCUUUGCUCAGAAUUCACAGCUUGUGAUCCACCAAAGAGUCCAUACUGGAGAGAAACCAUACACAUGCAAGGAAUGUGGAAGAUGUUUUGCUCAGAAUUCAAACCUUGUGAGCCACCAGAGGUUACACACAAGAGAGAAACCAUACAAAUGCCCUGUGUGUCGAAAAUGUUUUGCUUCUAGUUCCCAAUUUGUAAUGCAUCAGAGAGUUCAUACAGGAGAGAAACCAUUCAACUGCCAGGAUUGUGGGAAAUGCUUUGCUAAGAAUUCAUAUCUGAUGAAACACCAAAGAGUUCAUAUAGAGGAAAAAGCAUACAAAUGCCAAGAGUGUGGGAAAUGUUUUGCUCAGAAUUCGUACCUUGUGAUGCAUCAGGCACUCCACACAGGAGAAAAACCAUACAAAUGCCAGGAAUGUGGGAAAGGUUUUGCUUCUAAUUCACACCUUGCAAGCCACCGGAGAAUACACACAGGAGAGAAACCCUACAAAUGUGAGAAAUGCACAAAAUGUUUCUUUCGAAAGAGAGAACUGGUAAGACAUCAGACAGUCCACACCGGAGAUAAGCCAUACAAGUGUCAUGAAUGUGGGAAGUCUUUUUCUCAGAAUUCAUACCUUUUGAGGCAUCAGGCAGUCCACACAGGAGAAAAACCAUAUAAAUGCCAGGAGUGUGGGGAAUGCUUUGCUCACAAUUCAACCCUUCGCUACCAUCAGAGAGUCCACACAGGAGAGAAACCCUACAAAUGCCAGGAGUGCGGUAAAUGCUUUGCUGCCAGCUCAUAUCUUCUGACCCACCAGAGAGUCCACACAGGAGAGAAACCCUACAAAUGCCAGCAGUGUGGGAAAUGUUUUGCUCAGAAUUCAUAUCUUGCAGCCCACCAGAAAAUCCACACGGGAGAUAAACCUUACAAAUGUCAGGAUUGUGGGAAAUGCUUUGCCUCCAGUUCAGUCCUUGUGAUUCACCAGAGAGUCCACACAGGAGAGAAACCAUACAGGUGCAAGGAGUGUGGGAAAUGUUUUGCUCAGAAUUCAACACUUCUGAACCAUCAGAGAAUUCACAGAGGAGAGAAACUGUAUCAUUGCCAGGAAUGUGGGAAAUGGUUUGGUCGGAAUUCACAGCUUGUGCGGCAUCAGAGAGUCCACAAGGGAAAGAAACACUAUGGAUGUGAAGUGUGCGGGAAAGUUUUUGCUUGCAAGUCACACCUUCGGGAGCAUCAGAGAAUCCACACAGGAGAGAAGCCCUACAAAUGCCAGGAGUGUGGGAAGUCAUUUGCUCAGAAUUCACAUCUAGUGAUCCACCGGAGAGUCCACACUGGAGAAAAGCCAUACAAGUGCCAUGAAUGUGGAAAAUGCUUUUCUUCCAGUUCAGUCCUUGUGGUCCACCAGAGACUUCACACAGGAGAGAAACCAUACAAGUGUCAGGAGUGUGAGAAAUGUUUUGCUUCCAGUUCACAGCUUGUAAUGCACCAGAGAUUUCACUCAGGAGAAAAACCGUACAAAUGCCAGGAAUGUGGGAAAUGUUUUGUUCAUAGAUUCAUACUUAUGAGACACCAGACUGUCCACACAGGAGAGAAACCGUACAAAUGCCAGGAGUGUGGGAAAUGUUUUGCUAACAAUUCACAUUUUCUUAGCCACCAGAGAAUCCACACAGGAGAGAAACCAUACAAAUGUCAGCAAUGUGCGAAAUGUUUUGCUCAGAAUACACACCUUGUCAUCCACCAGAGAGUCCACACAGGAGAGAAACCGUACAAGUGUCAGGAAUGUGGAAGAUGUUUUGCUCAGAAUUCAAACCUUGUGAGUCAUCUAAGACUGCACACAAGGGAGAAGCCAUACAAAUGCCAGGAGUGUGAAAAAUGUUUUGCAUCCAGUUCACAGCUUUUAAUGCACCAGCGGUUCCACAUAGGGGAGAAACCACAGAAAUGCCAAGAGUGUGGGAAAUGUUUUGAUAAUAUGGCAGAACUUUUACUGCAUCAGAGAACUCAUGCAGGAGAGAAACCAUACAAAUGUGAUGAAUGUGGGAAAUGCUUUGCUAAGAAUUCAUAUCUGAUGAAGCACCAGAUAGUCCACACAGGAGAAAAGCCGUACAAAUGCCAAGAGUGUGGCAAGUGUUUUGCUCAGAAUUCAUACCGCAUGUUGCAUCAGGCACUGCAUACAGGAGAGAAACCAUACAGGUGCCAGGAAUGUGGAAGAUGCUUUGCUUUCAACUCACACCUUAAGAGCCACUGGAAAAUCCACACAGGAGAGAAACCAUACAAAUGUGAAAAGUGUGGAAAGUGUUUUUCUCAAAAGGCAGAGCUUGUACGGCAUGACACAGUCCACACAGGAGACAAACCAUUCAAGUGCCAGGAGUGUGGUAAAUGUUUUGCUCAAAAUUCAUAUCUUGUAAGACACCAGGCAGUCCACACAGGAGACAAACCAUACAAAUGUGAGGAGUGUGGUGAGAGUUUUGCUCAUAAUUCAGCCUUUCGGUACCAUCAGAGGGUCCAUACAGGAGAGAAACCAUACAAAUGCCAGGAAUGUGGAAAAUGCUUUGCCUCCAGUUCACAUCUCCUGACCCACCAUAGGGUCCACACAGGAGAGAAACCCUACAAAUGCCAGGAUUGUGGGAAAUGUUUUGCUCAGAACUCACAGCUUGUGGCCCACCAGAGAGUCCACACGGGAGAUAAACCAUACCGAUGCCAGGACUGUGGAAAAUGCUUUUCUUCCAGUUCAGUUCUUGUGACUCACCAGAGAGUCCACACAGGAGAGAAACCAUACAGAUGCCAAGAGUGUGGGAAGUGUUUUGCUCAGAAUUCACAGCUUGGCAGGCAUGUGAGAGUCCAUACAGGGAGAAACCAUGAAAAUGGCAGUACUGUGGAAAAUGUAUUACUCACAGUACAGACUUGAUUAUUUUUUAAAGGCAGCUGUGGUGGUCCCAGAUAACGAAAUACAGAAGUUGUAGUCUGCGUUUAUUUGGUUAAACUAAAAUUCCAAAAUAUUGAGUACGCCGGGUUGUUUCUUUGUACUUCAACCCAGUGCUGCCUCAGAAAUGUCAGACCUUUUACUUUACAACAAGUCUUGUAUUUUCCAAAUUAUACCCAGCCUUCCCCAUCUUAUUAAGUAUUUCCUGGUAUAAUUGGAAACCUGUGUAAAUCCUCAAAACUCUGCAGUCUCUGUUUUGGAACUUAGUGGAAUGACACACCUCAUGGCUAAAACCUUUGGACUUUGAUAUUUUAGAGAAUAUAUUGAAAUGAGGUGCAUGUAUAAAAGAGGCACCUCUCAAGAUGCUGUGAAGUUGUUUGUUAUUGGAAUUUCUAAUGUAUUUCAGCCUGUUAAGGUUUCAGGUCCUUCUGUGUGAGAAGAGGAGCAAUAUAUAAGAGGCAGCAGAUAAAUUCAUUUGUAGAGACAUCCCAAAAUGGAAAAAUUGGUACUUACACUGCAGUAUUUACAUACUUUUCUUGAAAUAACAUUUUCAGACUUUUUAAAAAAGAAUCUCUUGUUACUAGUGACAGGUAAAACAUGAAUAGAAUAUUCUGGAUUUUAUUCUGUCAGAUGGGUGCCAGUGGAAUACUGUACGUUAAUUAGAUUCACCCACGAUCCUCUCUGUACAUGACUAGGCUGAAAAAGGGGGAGAAUUUUAAGAAAAGUAGAUCAUACUGUUACAGGAUUGAGAGAACUUCAGUUCUUCAUUAAGCUCUAAAACAGCCAAAGUCUUUCAUUCUGGAAUCUUGUUCUGGUUCUUUUUAAAGAUCUUAUCACUAAGUACCCUGUCUAAGUACUGUACUCUCUGCUUCCCAGCAUCAAAGUCUGUUGCAGAAUAAUUGGCCAAAAUCCUGUUGAAUUUUUACACCAGGAUAACGCUGUUGGCAUAAAUUUCAUUAGUGAAUUGCUGCAAGUUAGCCCAGCCAUUUGCUGGUGCGGGCCGAAUUGCAUGAUUCUCUUUUGGCAUUUGCAUUGAAUAGCAUGGAUGACAGGAUUUGCAUUGUAUAUGGUAAACACAUGUAAAUCAUACUUCUAGUGAUUGAAGUGGAGUACAAAUCCUGUUGUUUUUGAAGUCUGUCAAUAAGAUGCAGUGCCUGCACAGAUGAUGAGCCAGGAAAUUAAUGCUUCCUGAAGCUGAGGUUCUAAUACUUUGGCCAUCUCAUGAGAAGAGAAGACUUAACACAUGAGCAUUUCUCCCUUUCCUAGUUUUCCACUGGAAAUGUUCCAAUUUCUUCCUGUCUUCUUCUCCUUUUCCUCUUUUUUUUCUUUCUGACUACAUUUUAUUUUGUUAUAUUCAAAUAAUUUUAAAAAACACAAUUAUAUGUGUGGGCAAUCAAUACCUGAGGAUCCUUGACUGCCUGGAUAAUGGUUGCUGGAGAAUGAACACUACUGCCCAUGCCAGACUGAGGCCAAGCUAGAGUCUCCCUCAGUUAAGUGUUUAAAAUGAAAAAAGAAAUCGCCUCAUGCAUUCAGAAGAAAUAAUAAUACCAAAGACCGCUGUUUACUUCUGAGUCAAGUUAGGGCUUUUUUGUUUUGUUUUGUUUUUUGUUUGUUUGUUUUUGUAGCCUUUCUGUUGGCCUGUGAAAUAUGAGAGCAGAAUCUUAGUCUCCUGAAGUAAAAAUGUUUCCAAUUUGGCCUUUUCAGUUGGUACUCUGGUAAAGGUU